AUGGAUGGUCUUUCUAGUGCUUCCGCGGUCUUUGCUGUUGUGUCUGUUGCUGUCCAACUUGUAGAGACUAUUCAUAAGUUAGUCGACUUUUGGAAAGCGGUCGAAGAUGCUCCGGAUAACAUUGCGAGUAUCUUUCGAGAACUUGCACUACUUUCCAAGAUCUUGACGAAAAGCCACGAGCUAGCGCAACUCCACUCGUUUCCUGAAAUAUUCGAUGAAGCCUUGAAAGACUGUUGCUCCAAGAUCCUCAAACUUCAUUCAAAAGUAGAAAACACGAGGCGGAACCUCAAUUCUUCAAAACUACGAAAGCGGAAAUGGGCGGCUUGGAAGAUUGUGUUGCAGAAGUCUGAAAUAGACUCUUUACAAAAGUCCAUCUCGGAAGCGAAAACAAAUAUACUACACAUUCAAGUCAAUAACAUUUUAGCGCGGCCACCUUCGAUAACUAACGUUUACCAAAUUUUUCAGCAGAGCUCUGAAUUGAGCACUCAGACAUCUGGAAAGACGCAAAUAACUGAACAGCAGCUCGCAAAUAUUUUAACAGGAAAGCAUAUUCCGUCGAGUCUGUCGGCCGGAUGCCUUGAUGAAAAGCUGGUGCACUUCCGCCCUGACCCGAUAGAACAAAGAUUUACAUGGCAAGAUGAUGAUAAACGAUGCAAUCAGUCACCACUCGAAUGUGCAGUCGCGGCAUCGCCCAAACCAAGAGGGAUCGGUUCGCGAAAGCGCAACGUCUAUGUUUACAAGAGACGUCAGAUUACUGGACCAUUCUCGAAUUUCUGGAAAGAAUCUUUGAUAUCUACAGAAGAAGUCGUCCACGCAUCUGGGGUCAAAGAAACCGUGGAAGAAGAAUCUCAAAUGAUCAUAUACCCUUCAAAGUGGCUUGCUAAACUUGGCGUUAGAUAUGGCAUCGAGUUGUCUAUUCUAGCAUCAAGAGGAUGGCGAUACUCUUUCCAGCCCUUUCGCGCAGUUCCUGAGAGCUCUUUAAUCUUUCAAUUCUGCCGUGAAGGUAAUCUUGGUGGUGUCAGAACGCUACUCAGUAGAGGAGACGCUUCUCCUUAUGAUAGGGAUCCAUUAGGACGGACUCCAUUAUGGUAUGCCGCUUUCCACCAUCAAAUGGAUAUAUCGACUUUACUGCUCUCAGAGGGUGCAGAUGUACAGGUAGGGGAAUGGACAAAGCGAAUCAAACCCAUCGGUGCUCUCUAUUUAGGUGAAUGCAAUGAUGUAAAAUUGAAAAUUGCAAUGGCCGAGCUUCUGGGACGUUAUGAUACAGAAGACGAAGAAUUCAAGUACCAUAUAAUUCAGAGGUUUCUACUGUUCUUUCGACAUGGCAAAAAGUUGGGUCUUUCCUACACCGAAAGAAAUGAGGCGGCACUUUAUAUUGUCCAGCAGAUAGGUUUCCUCUACCUACGAACCCCCGCCGACCUUUGCAUGUUUCUUUGGAGCUACAUCUUGCCCUGGCUUUACGAUGGCCCAGUACUACAGUGGGUUUUACACAGUGUACCAGGCAAGAUACAUAACAUAGAGCAAAGACCGAUACUUCAUGAAGCUUUAAAAAAAGGCCUGCUGUUGCGGGAUUCUUUAGGAACGAAGACCCUUGUUGAUAAAACUACGACGGCAGAUCUACAUCUUUGUUUUGAGGGACUAUCCAAUUAUCCUUCCAUUUGGGGAGAAACGCCGACUAUGCUAGCAAUGUACAGUCGGAGAGGGUUUUUGGUCUGGCGUACUAUUUUGAGAGAUCUAGAGUUUGAUAUAUCAGACUUCGUCACUCGAGAGCUAGCAGCGAUGAAAUCACAGUAUGAUGGAUGGACCCAAGAUACGCUCAUGGAAUUAUUUGAGAAGGACCCACCUGUUUCUCCUCUCCCCGAGCCAGAUAGUCAAAAUUUACCCGGUUUCCAUGACUGUGAUAGAUGCCAGCAGCUUAUGUUCCGAGGCGCUAUACAUCAAAAAGUAGAUCUUGAAUGGAGGCGCACACUCCGAUCAAUUAGAACGGGAAAAAAGGACGUGCAAAUCGUCGAUCAUGAUUCGUCGUUGGCAGGAGAAAUCAGCGCUACUAUCAUCGAUCGCACUGAUAAGAAUACUACGGAAACAAGUUUCGAUCCACUGCCCUAUCGUUUGGUCUGUCCCAAUGAUUGUGAAGACGGAGUUUGUGUGGCGUGGGAAUAUGAGGGUUUUGAGCCGCCAAGUUUCCCACCGUACAUCCCAAAAGAGGAAAGAGAACGUCUCAGGCAAUUACGCUUAGCUGAGGAGGAAGCGAAAUGUCCUACUUAUAAUAUGCCUGGGGCUUUCACUGUUCAGUGA